CCGCACUCUCACAUGGCUCUUAUGUCUUUCAUCUCCCGAUACACGUAAUUUUGUUUUUGGAAAAGGCUUUGUCACUUUACUUCGCUUUUAAUGAGCAGAAAUGCCAUUUCUAAUGUGCCACUGAAACCCUUUCCUGACCCAGGAUAUACGCAGAUACGAAGAAUCACCACUCGACGCAUUGAAAGAAAAUGCCCGUCGACUCCUACGAUGAUGAGACAUCGCUCUCGCUGCCUUUGAAUAAUGAUACAGCCAACGUUAAUAUUGAAGCUGAGGGGAGAUCAAAGACCAUGGAGAAUGAGAACGGGUUAAAUUCCGAAAUGGAGCUUGAGCGAGAGCUGGAGCUAGGCCCCGGUCAGGCAGCAACGACGACGACAGCAACAGUGCGACCGAUAUCACGACAUGCGCCAGAUGAGAAAGGUGAAGAGAUGCAUCGAUCAUCAGUCUCUUCUCAGAAUGGGCAGCUUCUUUCCCCCGCGCUAUCCCAUAUUUCGGAAUCGUCAUGGUUGUCGGAAGAAACGAGCACGACGCCGGGACUGGGAUCGCCUGCUGUUCCUGCUGCUGCUGAGGAAAUGGGUAUGACACGGACCUCGCAGAUAUCGCCUUUUCAAAAAGAGAGAUUAUUUCACAGAGGAGAGGAAGGGGAAAAUCAGGCGGCUCAGAAUGGGUUGGGUGAGAAAGGGGCAACGGAGGACGAUGCGACUUCAGCGCGGGGCAAAGGAAUGCAGAGUCAAAAAGACGCGGACGAGUCCAUGCUGCUCAGGAGAGUUCUGCAGUCUGGUGGCAAAACCGUACUUGGUUCAACAUUUGGACAAGGCGCAAUGUCGGCAGAACGACAACCACAUAGUGACGACGUUCAAUUACAAGGAGUUCCGUCACCCGAACUGCCAAAUAACGAUAAUAGAGAACAGAGGAGGAGAACAAGCAACGGAGAGAGCGCGGGGCGCAGGAAAUCAUCGACACAUGAACAGGAGCGGGAGCGAAUCCUUAAGCUCUCGCCUCGGCAGAUUCAUGAGCUUACUUCGUCCCCGAAAUCGAUUCCGCUACACCCUGCUCCGCCGUCACCCAAAGGCUUGCCUUCUUUGGCGGACGUUCCGGGGAUUGAGGGCCUAGGCAUUGCUCCUUUGGAAGGGAGUAAUACACCUAGCCUUGAUAAGCAGCAGAACUUAUCGGCUGGUAGAAUCAGGGCUGGAAGUGCAGGAGGUGCGACGCAAUUAUCCGUGGAUAACGUUGCGCAAAACACACCGACACCACUCCCUUAUCCAAAGGGAAAACUGCUCCCCUCCGCUUUCAGCAGCACCGGACGUCCGAAUCUACCUUCACGGACAGUAUCUACACCGCCAUCGAUGCGGAGGAAAUCGUCCUCGUCAAGACUGCAGAAUGCGGCUCAGUCCCACACAAAAGCGAAUCGUACCACUCCAGCGCCGUUACAGCUCAGUGAGUCAAAGGCAAAUGCGCCGCAGCCAUCGCCUGGGCCGGUCCCAUCCCCGAUGCCUCAAACAAUUCCUCUUCCGCCUCUCUCACUUCCCACGUAUCUCCAGCUCGAGCUGUCUUCUGAUCGACCUUCUCCACUGUACAUCCACCGCUCGUCUACAAGCGAUUUCCCUUAUGAGUCUUCAAAAAUAAAAUUUGAGCGGCUUCUCAACUUUCUCUUGUUGCCGUGGGAGUUGGAAAAAGUCUUGUGGUUUGGUACUUUGGCGUGUCUAGAUGCUUGGCUCUACUCUUUCACAAUUCUGCCUUUACGCUUCUUCAAGGCUCUAGGGAUCCUUAUUCGGUGGUGGGUGCAAGCGCUUGUCCAUGAGACAAGGUACAUUGCAGGGUUUGUCUAUGUGGGGCUUGGUCGAAUGUGGCGGCGACGAAAGCAAUCUCAUGAGAGCGAAAAUUCGGCGCAUAGUGGGCGAUCUGCAGAUGCAGUUUCAUCUUCAAGGCGGCCAUCAUUGGCCGGGAACGUGGCUAAUGGAGUCAAUGGCUCGGUAUCCAUUGCAGCAGAAAAUGGAAAUACCACGCGUCCGCGCACAAACUCGGAACGGAAACAUCACCAGCGGAGCACUAUCUCGAAGCAUCGAAGGACAAAAUCAACCCCCUCAGCACUCCUUCCAAGUCAUAAGGCGGAUCUACUGCAAGGUUUUCUCGUGAUUACGAGUUGCGCGGCGUUGAUGCGGUUCGAUGCCAGCCGGAUGUAUCACGGCAUUCGAGGCCAAGCCGCCAUUAAACUCUACGUCAUAUACAAUGUUUUGGAGGUAUGCGACCGUCUCUUUUCUGCUCUGGGCCAAGACGUGCUUGAAUGUCUCUUUUCCAAAGAGACGCUCGAACGAAAAGCCGACGGCCGGAGCAAGGUCAUUCGACCGUUCUGGAUGUUCCUCCUCGCGCUCGUCUACAAUGUCGUUCACGCUACGGCGCUCUUUUACCAAGUCAUCACACUCAACGUUGCAGUCAACUCGUACUCCAACGCCCUGCUCACGCUGCUCAUGUCGAACCAAUUCGUCGAGAUCAAGGGCACCGUCUUUAAGAAAUUUGAAAAGGAAAACCUCUUCCAACUGACUUGUGCGGAUGUCGUUGAGCGUUUCCAAUUAUGGCUGAUGCUCUUGAUUAUCGCGCUUCGAAACAUUGUCGAAGUCGGCGGUCUAAGUAUUGGCUCGAACCUCUUUGGAUCCUCGUCGCUGGGCGGCUCGUCCGGCGCUGGUAGUCUCGGCAACAACUUGUCGGCCAAUGCUCCCUUGCACAGCGCAAGCAUUCUGCCCAAGAGCUUUACCAUUUUCCCCAAAUGGACAGGCCAAGUGCUCGGGCCAUUUUUGCUCGUGCUGGGCAGUGAAACGCUUGUCGAUUCGCUCAAACACGCGUAUAUUACAAAAUUUAAUAACACCAAGCCUGCCAUCUACGGACGCUUUCUCGAUAUCCUUGCCAAGGACUAUUACUCAAAUGCAUUCGCAGACCAAAACCUCACUCGCCGUCUCGGUCUCCCUGUCAUCCCCCUCUCAUGCCUCUUCAUCCGCGCCUCCGUCCAAGCCUACCACAUGUUUCUCGCCACGCACAUGCCUCCACCCAUUGCGCCCCCUUCAACAGCCACCUCCCUAUCAUCUGUCGAAUCGACAUCCUCGUCACCCGUCACGACCGCGGCUCUGCAACAUAUUGACCUGAUUUUCAGACGCGCGCUUGGCUCUUCGGCCUUUGGCGCCGGUGUCUCCUCCUCCUCAUCAUCAUCUUCGUCAGCAUCUUCUUCUUUCAUGUCAUUUCUCCCAAGCCCCGUGGCCAACGUUUUACGUCUUCUUGCCUUUUGGCAAUGGUCGACCGACGACCUCAUUGCCAUAAUGACCAUGUUGAUUUUCUUUCUCGUCAUGUUUUUGCUCUUACUUGCGCUCAAGCUCGUUCUGGGAAUGUGUCUCCUCAGCUUCGCCCGCAGCAGAUACAAGUCCAUGAAACACCGCGAAUCCAUUGUCGUCGACACGGGAGGGAAACGCAUCGGCGGCUGGGGCGUCGUCGAAGUCGACGAAGAUAAACGCCGCUGGAUCUACCACGACGAUCCCGACGCCGCGCGCCAACUCCGCGAGCGCGAGAAGAACACGCGCGAAAAAGCAGCAAAACCAGACGCCCUCCAGUUGCAUGGCGUCAGUAGGUAUACCAUGUCUGCCAAGCGGAUUUGGUAGCGCGGAGUGAAGCGCGGCGUAGCUGAGCGGAGAGUGGGCGCGGUGUAGAGCGGCGCAGCGUGGCCUUACGUUACAAUACAUUACAUUCACAGUGGUCGUACGUUAUGAUGCAUGGCAUACCGGCACGGAAUCUUUAUGUUUCCGUAAACCUUUAGGGCGCGCUAAGGUUGCGGUGCGCCAAAAGAUAUUUUAGAUAAUGUUACCAUAAUACCUCUCUUUCCUUUCUUCCUUCUUUUCUUUCUUUCUUUCUUUCUUUCUUCCUUACUUACUUACC